AAAAAGAAAAAAGAAGAAGAAGAAAAAAAGAGAUGACAAGGAAAGGAGGGGGAAGGGAGAGAGAAACGAAGGGGAAAGAAGGAUGGAAGAAGAAUGUGAAAUUCUGCCGAAAUUGCUCAACACUUGGCAUGCAAUAGUUUACCCUGGGAGUGAUAUCAUCCUCAGCUGUUCAACGUUUAGAUGAGAGAUUGACUCCAGAUGCGUGAGGAGGCCCUCAGUGCGCGUGCGCGGGGCGGGCAGGUGUGCGCUCACUUCCUCCUUGCCCCGACCCAGACCCGGUAGGUGGCACCAUGGCUGCUCCCCCGCCUGCACCCCCGCCGCAGCCGGUCACCCACCUCAUCUUUGACAUGGAUGGACUUCUUCUGGAUACUGAACGACUGUAUUCAGUGGUGUUUCAAGAAAUAUGCAAUCGCUAUGACAAGAAACACAGCUGGGAUGUAAAGUCCCUGGUUAUGGGGGCUGAAAAACUCAUCGUCCACCUGCGGAAACACGGCAUCCCCUUUGCCCUGGCUACCAGCUCGGGGCCUGCAUCGUUCGAGAUGAAGACGAGCAGACUAAAGAAGUUCUUCAGCUUGUUUUCUCACAUCGUGCUGGGAGAUGACCCCGAAGUGCAGCGUGGCAAGCCAGACCCCGACAUCUUCCUAGCGUGUGCCAAGAGGUUCUCUCCUCCUCCAAUGGAGAAGUGCCUUAUCUUUGAAGAUUUUCCCAAUGGGGUGGAGGCGGCUCUGGCAGCUGGGAUGCAGGUGGUCAUGGUUCCAGAUGGAAACUUGAGCCGAGACCUGACGUCAAAGGCCACCGUGGUGCUGAAUUCCCUGCAGGACUUCGAGCCCGAGUUGUUUGGUUUGCCCCGCUAUGAGUGACAGGGAGGGCCUUGCUGUGCCCCGCCCCAGCCCACGGUCGUGGUCCACACUGCUUGGGGAAAGGGAAAGGAAAUCAGCAACUCUCAAAUCCCAACCUGCACAGUGAUUUUAGCUUCCUGAGAUUGAUGUUUCCAUCCUGCAUUGGCUUGCCCAACUCUAAUGUGUUGAUAAAACGUGACUUGACAAUUGAGAGAAACACAGUAGACAGAAACAAAGCCCAGAACAAAGAUGAAACUUGAAUUACCAUCUCAAAAAUUAAGCUGAUGGAGUAUGUGAUAAAGUGAAUGUACAUGUAUACAUAUACAUACGCACCUCUAUAUAUACACAUGUAUAUCAGUAUGUUAAUAUGCAUGUGGGCAUUACAUGUAUAUGUAUGUAGAUACAUGCAUUUAUGUAUAUGUGAAAUAUAUACUCUUCCAAAACAAAAUGGAACAUCAUUUCUCUUUUAUUCUAGUUUUUCUGAACACUGGCUGGGAAAUGUAAACUGUGUAUGCAUAUAAGUAUAUGCUUUAUAGAUGCAUAUGUAGUGCAUAUGUUUAUAUCAGCUGCAUCACUCUCCUCAGUGUUGAUGUUAGUAUGCAGUGACAACUGAUAAAGGGAGAUGGUAGUUCUGCUUGGCUUUCAGUCUCAGUGGGAAAGCCCUGUUUUUGAUGAACACUAAGAAGUAGUUCUCCUUGUUAGCUAACAUUUAAGUUCUUUUUGUGACCUCAGAAUGUCUCUGGAUCUUUCUUCAUUGACUGACUCUGAGCCACAUCAUCCAUAGUUUAUUGUUAGUAUGAAUACAACUGUAACAUUUACCUGGUAUCUACAUCCUUAUCUACAUUGGAGAAUGCUUUCUACCUGAGAACAACCAUUUGCCUCCUUUAAGAACACUGAUGUCCUGUACUUUUUGGGUAGAAAUACAAUUUGAUUUCAGAAUGUAUGCUUGGUGAUUCUGAGUGACCGGGAACACUUUUGGAAUCAUUUAUCAGACAUGGAACUUCUGUGAAUAAUUGCUUUUACAGAUUUAGUCAAUCUUUAAAAUUUGUUUAUGAUUUGCCGGAGAAAAGCAGUGAUAGCCAUGGAAAUUCGGAGUUAAGGAGCGCUGCUCCAUUGUGGUUCAGCUCUUCUCAGUGGCCUCUGCCCUUUGAUGUCCUUGAGCAUGUGUGUAUGUGGUGUAGUGAUUGUCUGUGGAUGACAGGCCCUGGCGAUUGCAUCAAUUUAGCAAAUUUAUUUCCUCAUUCCCAAUGACCAGUAUACAUGUCUUCACUUUGAAUGCUUCUCUAAACCAGUUGUAAUGUCUUACUGUUUCCCUAACAAAUUGAAUUAGUUUAAUAAAAUCUUUUGACACAUGUUAAAAGAAAAGUUUAGCUGAAUGUAUUCUUUAAGCAAAUGUGGAUUGCCUGUCUGUUGUAUGUGAAAAAGUCAGGUAUGAAAAUGUCCUCUAUUGAACAAGAUAAUAUGAAAGAAAUGGCAGUGGGCCUAUGUUUGGGUGGCCAGUGGAGACCUUUUUGAGGAGGUGACAUUUAAAUUGAAUUUCAAUGAUUAAGAAAGGGACCAACAAAAGCAAGAUCAGUGAAGAGAACAUUCCCAGAAGAGGAAAGCACCAGGGGAAAGAACUGGACAGAGGGUGGGAGUAGCUCCGUAUGCUGCAGGCCAGGGGGAUUAGAGAGGAGAGGACUGCAGAGUUGAGGGCACUCAGGUGGAGAGAUAGCAAGGCCAGAGCUUGUAAGGGUGAGGAGUAGGGGCUUAAUUCUAAGUCUGAAGAAGAGCCACCAGGAGUGAUAGGAUCUGUUUGCUGUCUGGCCACCCGAUGUUGCCUUAUUCAUGGUUGAAGUUGGUUCCCACUCAUCUAGCUAGGGCACUACCCUGGACAAAAGUGGUGGGCACAUACCUGGGUAUCUAAUUUAUCAGUCCACAUUGUCACUGGCUCCCUUCUCUUUGGUCUAAAACUGAGAUUAAGAGCAGGAAGGCAUUAGCUCUUGGUUAAAAAAAAAAACCCUCUACCCGCACUGCCCCACAGCUUCAUUAAAAAGAAACUCCAACUGGGUUCACAGAAGUGACAAAACAUAUAUUGUGGGGGUCAUUAGCAAUGUUAACUCACUUUGAACUGCUCAUGGGCAGAGCCAUGACUUUCCCCACACACAGGCCAGUGCCUGAGUCCAUCAGUUUCCAUAAGCAUUUGUUCUUCAUUUGAUAAAUGAGUAGAUAGUUAUAUUUUAGGGUAUGAUAUUCAUUCAUUUAACAGAUAUUUACUGGGUACCUAAUAUCUGCCAGGCACCAUUCUAAAUUCUGUGAUAGAGAACUGAACAAAAUAGGCAAAUAUGUCUGCCCAUGAAGAUUACAUUCUAGUGAGAUGUGGGUGUGUCAUGACUUUUACAUAUUCCUGAGUAUCCCAGGUUGUGAUGGCGGUGGUGGUGGUCCUGUUGCUGCCGGUCUGCAUAUGUGUGUGUUUAUGUGUGUGUACAUGUAUUUCUUGGGGCACAGGAGGUUUAUAGAGGGUAGAAUAGUGGAUAUUAACAUAAAAAAGUUGACUUUUAGAGAAGCUACUAAUAGCCAGCUGAAAGCAGCGGAGCAUGCUGUGUCUACUUUCAGCCCUGUAUGCUCUGAUUGUAGAACAGAAGGAGCACUAGAGUCUGGAGCACCACAGAGUGAGUACUCCACAGAGCCAGCAUUCAGGUGGCCUUGAGGACAGCGUUUUCAGUGUCAUCUGAAGGUCUAGCUGAACAGAACCUGAAUUUCCUUGUUUCAGCUAGGGCUCCUAGAUCCCAAUCAUGAAUGAGAACCUGGCAGAGUGCAGUGGCUCAUGCCUGUAAUCCCAGCACUUUAGGAGGCUGAGGUGGGAGGAU